GAACAGUACGGUACAAGCGAAACCCUAACAAGCCAGAGUGCAGACCAGUGGAGUCCUCUCAGCUGCUGAUCACCCUGAUGGCAGUGGGGGGGAAAAGGGGGUUUUCAGCCUGAGGGCAGACGCGUGGACAGUCCACGCUGGGGGGCCGGGUGGGCUCUUUAAGAAUGGAGGCAGCUCUCCUGUGGCCCCUGCGGUGGUAGAUGCUCUGCAGAGAGGGCGUAGAUAUUCUGCCGUUCCGUGUGCGACGUCACGGUUCCCUCGUACGUCCACACCGUGAUGCUCACGCGCGACUCCCGUCCCGAUGCGGCCGUGUGGGAGCUGUGCAGGACGUCUGUGUCCUGGCAACCGGCAUGAAGAAAGGUGUCUCGCUGUGGCCGUGAGCUUUCUGCCGUCGUGGGACCACGUCUCUGGAGACGGGACCUUCUCUGGAGAGUUCGCAUGUAUUUGACCUCACUGGCUCCUGACACGUGUCUGAUGAUGAAUACGAAGAACACAGAAAGGGAAACACACCCCCGUCUGAAAAAAGGGCAGAAGAGAAAAGAGAAGAUGACCACUUCCUGUUUGGGUCUCCUGGGACACGGACGCCUCGAGCUUCCUGUAUCCGUCGUCCCCUGAGCUCGCCGAUGGCCGUGACCCUGAUGCUCGCGCUCGCUGCGGCGCUUUGCACCUCGGCAGCGGGCUCCUCGCAUGACUUCCACUACACCUACGGGUGCUACGAGUCCGGGGAGGUGCGGGUGGACGUCCUGCUGGACGGGGACGUGGUGGCGUACGCAGACUUCGGCAGGGAGGAAGUCGUGUUUCUCAUUCCUCGGCUGCCUCCCUUUCUGAGAGACCUGAAGAAACUGGGCUAUGAGUUCGCCAAAUCCAGCUUCACUCACUGUCGGAGCGUUUUGGCCAAAGCCAAGAGAGCUUCUCCGAACGUGACCAUCCCGCAAGACGCGCCGGUCCUCUCCGUCUACAGCCGGCACGAGGGCCGAGGCGGCGCUGCCAACACCCUCUUCUGCCUGGCCGACGGCUUCUACCCGCCCUCCGUCAACUUCACGUGGACCAAGAACGGGGCGAGGGUCACGGGCGGCGUGUGGGACCUGCCCUACGGCCACAACCGGGACGGGACCUUCCACAGGAUCUCCACGCUGAGCACCACCCCUCGGGAGGGCGACGUGUACUCCUGCUCGGUGGAGCACCGGGCGGCCCGUCGGCCCCUCGCCAGCAGCUGGGAGCCGAAGGAGGGUCCGAGCCGGGUGAGUCCGGCCGCCGGGUUCUUCGGCGCGAGCCUCGUCGUGUGCCUGAUCGGCGUCGCCAGCGGAGCCUAUUUCUUCACCAAGCAGCCAAACUUUGGGUUUCAUUCGUAAUGCUUCACUUUGUUUUCUCAAACUCAACUAUGUGAACCACGUAAGGGAACUAUGUAGAAAUCUUUGUUUGUCUAUUGACUAGAUGUAUUAUUGAUGAUGGACGGAUUUCUUCACACAAAUGACACCUCAUCUAUAUUGUUUGGUGUUCAAUACAGAGAGCAAAAUUGGAUAUUGUGCAAGUAUAAUGUGUUUGAAGGAUAACAAAGGAUAACAUAUGGGCAAACCUUUAGAGCUCAGUCAAACAUCACCAUUGAUAAAGAUAAUCCAACCUGUGAUUUAAGGUGAAAGUAAACUUUGUUGAUGAUUAAACAGAAUUUUAACUCAUAAUCAGUUGUUGACACUGGUGUAAUAUUGGGGAGGAAAUGCAGCCGGUCUGAUCUACAAAUAAAAAGUGUUUCAAAGGGAGCAGGAAGAAAA